CAGGUUCAGAGAUUCGUCAAUUGAGAGACACUCAAGAUGAGUAAGCUUCAGAGUGAGGUUCUAAGAGAAGGAAUCACAGCUGUUAAGAGCAAAGCUGAUGAGAAGAAACGCAACUUUGUCGAGACAGUUGAGCUUCAGAUAGGUCUCAAGAACUAUGACCCACAAAAGGACAAGCGUUUCAGUGGUUCUGUCAAGCUCCCUCACAUUCCUCGCCCUAAAAUGAAGAUCUGUAUGCUUGGAGAUGCUCAGCACGUUGAGGAGGCUGAGAAGAUUGAACUAGACUCUAUGGAUGUUGAGGCUUUGAAAAAGCUCAACAAGAACAAGAAGCUUGUUAAGAAGCUUGCCAAGAAGUACCAUGCUUUCUUGGCUUCUGAAUCUGUCAUUAAGCAGAUUCCUCGUCUUCUUGGUCCUGGUCUUAACAAGGCAGGAAAGUUCCCUACACUAGUGAGUCACCAAGAGUCGUUGGAAGGAAAGGUGAAUGAGACCAAAGCGACAGUAAAGUUCCAGUUGAAGAAGGUUUUGUGUAUGGGUGUUGCAGUUGGUAACCUUUCCAUGGAAGAGAAGCAGCUCUUUCAGAAUGUUCAGAUGAGCGUUAACUUCCUUGUCUCGCUGUUGAAGAAGAAUUGGCAAAAUGUGAGGUGUUUGUACUUGAAGAGCACCAUGGGACCACCACAGAGGAUAUUUUGAGCUCUCUGCUCUUUUCAUCUUUGAAUUUUUGCUUUGUGUUUUUGUUUCAAAGAUCUUGUGCUUCUUCAGAUAUGGUUUGGUUUGAUUUUAGCAGCCGAAUACAGAUGCUAGUUUACUUUUCCUCAGACUACAUAACACAUUAUGCAAGCUUGCAAAUUCUAAAUUUCAAUCGUUCCCGUGCAUCAAGUAACAUAUACAAACAAGGUGCAAACAUUCAUAUUAAGU